AUGACUUUGAAAAAUUCCGUCGCAUCUUUUCCGAAGAUUGAGAGAAGGGUAAAAUUAAUACCGCCAGAUGGGGGUUGGGGAUGGAUGGUACUUUUUGGAACUGCACUGACCAAUACUUUCAACCAAUCCAUGUUUUCACAAUUCGGUUUGCUGUAUGGAGACCUACUAGAAGAAAUGGGCCACAAGACGACAGGAGCCGCCGUCAUCAUGAGUACGAUGCUGUGCGUGACGAACUGCGGCGGGCCCUUCGCUGGGGCCCUCGUCAAGGUGCAGUCGCCUAGAUUCGUCUGCGUCACGGGCUCAAUCGUUUGUGCCACGGGAAUAUUUUUGAGCGCAUUUUCAACGAAUAUUAUUCACUUGAUUUUGUCUUAUGGAGUUCUCUUCGGUUUGGGAUUAGGAUUCAUUCAAAACGCGGCGUUCGUGUCGAUAAAUAGUUACUUCAAACUGAGGAAAAGUAUAGCCGUCGGCAUAGCGAUGACGGGGACCGGCGUCGGGCAGGCUCUGAUGCCUCACGUCGUCCGAUACCUUCUGGAUGCCUAUGGCUUUAGAGGCGCAUGUUUACUGCUGUCGGCGAUGUGUUUACACGGGGUCUGCGGGACGCUACUGUUACAACCGGUGGAGUGGCAUAUGAAAAAGGUUGAGGAAGAAGUAAUUGUAGAAGAAGGGAAAUUAUUGUCAAACGAAAGUGAAAGGAAAGAAUGCGAUAACAAAGGGACAGAACGAAAGAGAAGCGUUUUUAGGAAGGUUUUAGAUCUCUUUGACAUGUCAUUACUGUCAAAUCCACGCUUCACCAACGUGAUUAUCGGGAUAGCUCUCACAUACAUUUCGGUACAAAAUUUUGGCAUGCUGUAUCCGUUCUUCUUGCAGAAUUACGUCGGGAUGAGUAAACAAGAAACCGCCAAUUGUAUGUCAGCCGUAGCAUUUGCCGAUAUUAUUGGAAGGCUCGUGGUGCCGCCCGUGCAGGCUAAAUUCAACGUGUCAGCCAGAAUGACACUAGUUUUAACAUGUAUCUGGAUCGCUAUAACUAGACAGAUUUUGGCAUACCAAACGGACAUGUAUGUCUUGCUUCUCUUGUCAGCGUUGUACGGCAUCGGUAGAAGCAUGGUCAUCGUGGUGAGGAAUAUAACAAUCACCGAGCACUGCGGAGCAGAUCAAGUAGCGAACGCGGUGGGACUAGGAAUGUUAAGCUUGGGACUGAUAACUCCACCCAUAGGUUAUUUCCUAGGUUGGAUAAGGGACUACACGGACGACUACAUCGCUUGUUUGACCGCACAGAAUGGUUUACUCGUGUUAUUCCUGUUUAUGUGGAUACCUGACAUGUUCUACGCUCGAUACAAGAAAGCGGCGAGAGAAGAGCGAGUUGAUGAAAUUCAGAUGACGUAG